AUGAGAGGCCCGCAGAUACCCUGGCAGUGUUUUGGAUUUAUCGGCUACGGACCGCCUCGACAACAUCUCCGUCAUCGGGCCGAACUCAUUGUUAUCAGCAGCCAUGUUAUGACGCAGCUCUAUAUGCCGCAACAGUUCGAAUCAUGGGCAGUGACGCAAAAGACGAUCACUGACCUCGAUAAUCGACUCAAUGUAUGGGUGAAAAGUCUGCCAGACGAGCUCAUCGUCCAGAGUAGGGUCACAACCGCCAGUGACCCUCGCGCAAAGAUUGAUCUGGCAUUGUGUUAUUACAGCAUCAAGACGAUAUUACACAGGCCUUGUUUAUGCCACAUCGUUAUAUCAGAUGAAUCAAUCUCCUCAAAAGAAUUUAAUAGCAGCAACGCCAGAAAUUGUGUGCGAGCGGCAACGUCGUUGGUUGACAUUCUUCCUGAAGACCCAAGUGCUUAUGAAACAUACCAGCUACUCCCCUGGUGGAUCCUGCUUCAUUACCUUGGUCAAGCUACCUCGGUCUUCAUCCUCGAACUGUCACUGGACAUGGAGCACUUUGAGGAUUCUGUGGACAAAUUGAUACCCUAUGCCCGUGUUGAGUUCGAUGGAAGACCAAUAGGCUGCAGCGACAUUGUCGUACGUAGGGUCGAGGAAUUGCUGAUAACGUAG